GUUUAAACCAAAGUAUAAUUAUUUACCUAUUUAAUCACGAAAUAAUCAGGCUCCUCGGACUAAAAUCCCGUGGAUAUUUAAUUAUUUAUUUAGAAGAAAAGAAAAAAAUAGGAGAAUAUAAAAGCCGUUCUGAUGAAAAAAGGCGAAAAACCUCUUGUUACUAGAUUCUAGACGCAGAUGGACCCGUCGCCAGUGAAUUGGGAAGCUUUGGACGCCCUCGUCGUCGAUUUCGCCAAGGCGGAGCGAUUGAUCGACGAUUCGCCGCCGCCGUCGUCUUCCUCGUAUCAGUGGCGCCGCCUGAUAUCUCAGAUCAGGCGCUCCCUGGAGUCCGGCGACAUUGACUCCGCCAUCGACCUGCUCCGGGCCAACGCCCCGGCCUUACUCGACGAUCACCGCCUCCUGUUUCGUCUACAGAAGCAGAAAUUUAUUGAGCUGCUGAGGAAAGGGACCGUGGAGGAUCGUGAUUCUGCCAUCAAGUGUGUGCGCACGUCUCUCGCGCCGUGUGCGCUGGAUGCUUACCCGGAAGCGUACGAGGAAUUUAAGCAUGUUCUUCUUGCCCUCAUUUAUGACAAAGAUGAUCCAACAUCUCCAGUGGUAAAUGAGUGGUCCGAGCGGAAGAGGUUUGAGAUUGCAGGGCUGCUUUCUUCUGUUUUACGAGCUCAUUUCCUUGCAUAUGAUCCUAUGUUUUCAAUGACAUUGAGAUACUUAAUAAGCAUACACAAGGGGUUUUGCCUUCAUCAGGGAGUCUCUUCACCCAUAAGCGAUCUUACUGAAAGAUUGCUCCUCGAGGAGCGUGACCCCCCUGCAACAGCACAAGAGAGUUUGUUGGAAGCACCUCCAUUUGAUGAGGUGGACAUACAAGCACUUGCUCAUGCAGUGGAGCUGACUAGACAAGGGGCUGUAGAUAGCUUGAGGUUUGCGAAGGGUGAUUUGCACCAGGCAUUUCAGAAUGAAUUAUGCCGUAUGAGAUUAGACAUUUCUCUGCUUGAUGAGCUUGUUCACGAGUAUUGCAUUUAUAGAGGUAUUGUGGACUGUCGCCAUGUAAAUUCAUGCGAAGGAUCACUUGUUACAUCAGGAACUGAAAACACUGGUCGUUUGGACCCACUCAGUAGCUUAUCUGAGAAUUUUCCGAUUGGUACUGACACUGAUAUGUCAACACCAACAGAUAAUGUCCAUGCAGAUAGUUCUCAAAGUAAAAUGGAAGUUCUAACCACACAACAUGUUGACAUGGAAGUGCGGUACCCUUGUGAGACAACCAGUUUGAAAGAAGAUUGUAGCACCAGUAGAACUCAUCAGCCUGAGGACAGCAAAGUCGUGCUAGGAAACAGAUGUCGUGUAGCUGGGGAGAGAGGCAAACGUAAAAGAUGGAGGGGUAGAGAUGAGGAUCUAGAAUUUGGUUCUGAGGGUCUCAGUGAGAGUUGCAAACAUGAGCUUUGUACUAAUGUACCAGGCACCACAAGCUUUGAUUUUAAGAAGUCGUCCCCGAUCCACGCUGUGAGCAGCAAUGCGGACAAGUUUGAGAUUGUGUUGGGCAUAAAGGAGUUAGCUAGCGAGGGAAUGGCAGCAGAGGUUAUUGACGAAAUAAAUGCUCUCGAUCCCAAUUUUUUCACUGAAAAUCCUACGCUGCUUUUCCAACUGAAGCAGGUUGAAUUUUUAAAGCUUGUCCGAGCCGGUGAUAAUUCUGGUGCAAUCCAGGUUGCGUCAUCUCAUUUGGGCCCUUUGGCUGCUAAAUACCCAGCUUUGCUUAAGCCCAUGAAAGAGACAUUGUUUGCUUUGCUCAAACCAACUGAAGAACCUUUUGGCAAACAUAGUUCCUUUGAUGUCCUUGCUACUUCACUCCAGGUUGCUGUUGGUAGAAGGCUAGGUAUAGAGGAACCCCAGCUGAUGAAAAUUAUAAGGGCCACCCUCAACUCACACAGUGAAUGGUUCAAGCUCCAAAUGUGCAAAGACCAGUUUGAGAGUCUCGUGUGGAUCCACUCCUUGAAAGAAAUCGGUGGUCCUUUGCUAGGAGAUGCUGCCGCCAAGUCAUGUAUCGACACUUCCACACAAGGAUCUUCGCCGGCUACAGUAUCGUCCAGCAACAUGAGGAUUCAGGAAGAUGGCAGCAGUCCUAAUCAGACCACGACAAGUGAUAUUGGAUGUGAGGAAAGUGCCAUCUUGAAAGUUAUGGAAUUUCUCGCUCUUCCUAGAGCUGACGCUAUUCAUCUACUUGCUCAGUACAAUGGGAAUGCAGAAACCUUGAUCCAGCAGAUAUUUGCUUAGCUUGCUUAGCUUGUACACAUUAUAUAUCAGAUAUAGCAAAACACAGUCCCUAUUGUUUUAAUUGGACUAUCUGUUUUGCUAUUAGACAUGGUUAUAUUUGCUUUUCAAGCAAUUAGGUUUUGCUGAAAUAAGGAAAAGUCCAGGUGACCACUUGUACAAGAGUUAAUCCAACUUUAUGUAUCACCUGUCAUUGAAUGACUAUGAAUUUAAGCACAAAGAUUUCAUCACUUGUUGAGAGAUGAUUAUGUAUGCAAGCUUAUCUAGAUAUGAUGCGAACUGCUUAGUUUUACUGUGUUGAUAAUUGUUACUAAAAAGUUGAGGGGAGUUUGACCUUUUCCCUCGUUUAGAGUAG